ACUGUCUUUGUCACGAAUAUUUCGGAAGGAAAGUUGAACAUCGCUAUUCGCUGCACCAUUCCCCACGCUGUUGUUGGUCCUAUGUUCGGGGCAGAUAAGGGGGUGUUGUCUUAAUGCGAAUUUUGAGGCUGUAAUUUUUUUUUUUUAAUUUCCAGUAGUUGUGGGAAAACGUGAUGGCUGAUGCGGAUUUGGAAGAAAUUAGGGCGAAGAGGUUAGCUCAAUUGCAGAGCCAAUACAAGGGUCCGGGUGAAUCAGAAAAGGCACUUGAAGAACGAAAACGUGAACAAGAUGAAUUCAAGCAUAGCAUUUUAACUCAAGUACUAACUCAGUCGGCGCGGGCAAGAUUAAAUACACUUAUGAUUGGAAAACCUGAGAAGGGGCAAAUGGUGGAGAACAUGCUAAUUCAAAUGGCAAGAACAGGUCAAAUAAUGGGAAAAUUGGGAGAAGAAGAAUUAAUAGGUAUCCUAGAGAAAGUCAGUGAGCAAAUGCAGAAGAAAACCAUUGUUAAGUUUGAUCGGCGACGUGCUGCUCUCGAUUCAGAUGAUGAAUUAUAAAUCAAACUGCUGCUGUUUUGAAAAAUUAUCCUGCUUUUCUCCACCUUGUACUAAAUAAUUACUUUAUAUUAAGAUGAAUUGUGAAGGAAACUGUUCCUCAGAUACGUGAGCUUCUUUGGCACCAGAACCUGUUGUGAUUAUCUUGUGUUUGUGUAGUGGAAGAAAUAAGUUAAUAUUAAUCAGUUUUUAAUUUAACCUUAACUGGCUUAAUUUUUUUCAAGCAAAAAUGGUCAAAGUAAUACUCAAUUUUCUCAUUAAAAAGUGAAAGAAAAAUCACAUGAUUUUGUAUUUAUUUACACAAGAAUUAAAUCAUUUAAUUGCCAUUAUGAAAUUUAUUUCUUUUAACAAAUUUGAUAUUUCUCAUAAUAUACAUUUUUGCUCAUGAAUUAUAUUAAAUGUAGCACAAGAUAUUUGUGCUUGAGGAACUACACUUACAGUAAUAAGAAAAUAUUUACAAUAAACAAAAUACAGGCACAUGUUUUACAAUAAAUAAAUUAUUGAUAACUACAAUUACCACUACUAAAAUUUCACGAGAGCCACAUUUUUUUAUCCAUUUAUCAUGGGCACUAAAAAGUACAGUAAAUAUAUUUGAUAACAAAAUAUCAAAAAACAAUAACUUUUCGAAAAAUUUAAGAAUUCUUCUAAAUACUACUUUCAAAAUAGUGAAAGGUCCACAACAACUAUAGGAAAUGGAAAGAUAACACACAAACAAAUAUAGCAAAUAUAAGUACAUUCUAAAAUUUGGUCACUUCCAAGGAGGUGAUAAUAAGCUUGAGUUUUCUGUAUCCAAUAUAAACAAAUUUCCAGAUUAUUCUUUCUUCUCAUGUGCAACAUCUUCUUCCUCAUCUUCUGCAUCCAUAAUGUCAGCACAACAAAUUGAAUAGCAAAUUAAGCUCAAAAAUCCCAAUGGCAGACCAAAAAGUACUGCUGUCAGGACAGGAUUUCCUUGCCACAUCUCCGAGAGAGAUGUACGGGCUUCAAAAUAUGUGCGAUACAAUCGCACUGGUAAUGUGUUUCCACCAUAAGCCUAAAGUGUCAUAAUUAGUAAAUUACAUAAGAAUCAAAUGUGCCUAAUUCUAUUUUUGUUGAGAAACCAUAAAUAAUGAAUUGUUGACAUAGAAAUAUACUGAGGGAGUAUGUUAUAGCUGUAUUAUUCUGACUAAUCGAUCCACAAUGCCAAUUCAACUUAACUUUCCGUAAUUAACUACUACUAAAAAAACUUAUGAGGAAAUCAAAAUUCAUUGCACCUGUUAUAGGUUGGUGACCUACAACACAUUUUCCUGUGUGUUUCUGAGAAGUAGCCCAAGAUGUCCAAGUGAACUGUGAUGUUUGUUUUGUUUUUAUUAAAAACAAUAAAACUAAAUAUAUAUUUAUGAAUUUGUGUUAACUUCUAACCCAAUUUUGGGGGUGAGGUACAGCAAGAGCCCCAUACAUUUGUCCUAGCUACUCCAAUGGUUCAGGAAGAAAAGGUGGGUUGCUUCUCAAGUGGCACAAUUACCAUCUAAUGUAAUUCAUUAGCCUUGAAAUGCAAAACUAAAGUUAAGAACUGUUGCUCUAAAAUCAGAUGGAUACCCAAACAAUCUACUGAAAAAUUUUUGAGCACAUGCUUCCACAUUAAGCUAAAUACAUGAUUCCAAACAAAAUUAUUGACAAUGUAAGAAUAGUAAAAACAUAAUUUUUUUUAAAGGUAGUGUGUUAUUUUUGUUAGUUAGCAUUACCAAAGUUAAAGAGAUCACAGUAGUCUUUAAACCAGUAAAAUUUCAUUGAAAUCACAAAGGACAUCUGCGGAAAUAGUCUUUUACACACUUAGCCAACAAAAAGAAAUAAAUAAAUGAUAAAUUAAAACUGUCCUUAACACAUUGAAUUAAAAAUAAGAUUCUUGCAGGAGUGUGGAGAAGUCAAAGAAGAGAAUUGUGCCAUUGAGUGACAUGAAAGAAUAGUAUUAUUAAAAGAAUUUUCUGUGAAAACACAGUUCAGUUGCAAUUAGGAAAGGUAAUAAACAUUAAUUAAUGCAAAUUAAUAAAUUAUGACAAUUUUCUUUCCAAAUUUUUGUGUAGUUUUUUCUGUAAUUCAAUUUCAGCAUUUUAUUUGUGUUACACUAGCCAUACUUUGGCUUUCAAUAAAAUUUAAAAGCUAUUUUUAAAAAAUAAUGUAUAUAUUCCCUUUCCC